AUGAGGCAGCCAGCUAAAAGGUGUUCAUUAAUCUCAUUUACAGGCUCCUGGCAGUUGGGUUGGGUGUUGUGCGACAUUUGGAUAUCCUUGGAUGUGCUCCUGUGUACAGCAUCAAUUUUGAGCCUUUGCGCCAUAAGCGUGGAUAGAUAUCUAGCAGUAACACAACCUUUGACCUAUUCGCGUAAACGACGGUCUAAGCGAUUGGCUCUUAUAAUGAUACUCAUCGUAUGGUUAUUAGCUUUAGCUAUAACCUGUCCACCAAUGCUGGGAUGUUCAAGUGUGCAAGAAACUAUGGGUGAAGCAAUUUCAACAGAAAUUAUAGAUGUCAAUAGACAGUGUAUAAGGCACUUAAGCUUCAUUUUAAUGAAAUUCAAACGCUACACUUCGGCAGAUGUGGACAAUGACAUUGAACAUGACCUCUCCGAACAGGAUCACAGUUCAAAGAAACAGCAAGCUGCACGAACAUUCUCUAACCAAACAAUAGCCAAAGAACUACACGAACUAAUGUUGUCAGAUGCAGAGAACAGUGGCGGCACCGCUGGCACACAUUGUCAUUCGAUGCUUGCACUCACCACAGCGAAUACAAAAAAUGGUUGUUACGAAUUAACACGUCCGGCAUCUUUGAAGCGCACAUCUACGGCAUCUUCAACGAUGACUACAAUGACAAGUGGUUGCGGUAUUGCUGGCAGUGGCACAGGUGGUAACAAUACACUUGGGCUCGAGCAACACUGGUCCUUCAACGCUCAACAGCAGCAGCAACAGCAGCCACAGCUGCAUGCAACGCAUCAAUUAACACGUCCACAUAGUAUACGACAUCAUCAUUUACACAUCAACACAGCUGCUGUGCACACCAGUGGCAGCACUGGUCAGCUUGCAACAUCACCUAACAUGCAAGACACAACCAUUUUGCGUCAAACACGAGUUCAUCAUCAUCACUAUCACACUAAGUCACUCUCAAAUCGCAUAUCAUCCCUGAAGAAAGAAAACAAAACCACUCAAACGUUGAGCAUUGUUGUGGGUGGCUUCAUUGCUUGUUGGCUGCCGUUCUUCAUUUGCUACUUAAUUACGCCAUUUCUAGGCGAGCAUAAAAUAAGUCACACGUUAGCCAAAGUACUUACAUGGCUGGGUUGGUUUAACAGCGCCAUAAACCCUUUUAUUUAUGCAUUUUACAGCGUUGAUUUUCGCGCUGCCUUCUGGCGUCUCACCUGCAAGCGCUUCUUUAGCAGCUCGAUGAAACCGCAAUUUCCAACGAAUACAAUGUCGAUAAGGCGAUAGUUGACAACAAAAACUGCAAGUGUUUACGAGUGAAAGCCAUAAAGUUUACAGCGAGAAAAACGCAGUCAAAAUACAGCGAGAAAAGAACAAAAUUAAUUAAAUUAUUUAACAAUAGAAAUUAAGUUAAUUACAUGAAAAUGCACCUUUUAUGAUUUCUUCACUGUUGCAUUUAGGUGGGAAAGUGUGAAAAGAGAGAGAGAGUACAGCUGCAAUAAAAGUGAGUAAUGAAAAAGAAAUCAAUAUGUAAUUAAAGGAAGUAUAAUUAAAUUGAACAAUUUCACAGUAACGGACAAUUGAGAGUCUGAAAU